GUUUACACUAUUUUCUAACCCACGGCAACAUGAAUGACUUUCUCCAAUGAUUCCUAAUGAAUUGGUCGGGUGUUGCAUUGUUUCUGAUUUCCUACAGAUUGUGUUCCAACAACAUGGACACUACACGGAGACAGGCGGGAGCUGCUGCUGUUUGUUUGCUGGUGCGUUAUCAUCAGCCCGCGUAGGGGAAAGGGAAGGGGGAGGAGGAGGGGAGGGGAGGGGAGGAGGGGUUACAAACCCAGUCCCGCGGAACAUCCUGCAAACACAUCUGAGACUCGCAACAAAACUCUGCACAGUUUUCGCCUCACGCGUCGCCACCGUGUGCCCAGCGGGGUGGCUCGCCGUUCCCCCUCGGGAGGAGUCCCGGCACUUUAGAAACAAAGAGGUGGCGGUUGUUGUUGUUGUUGUUGUUGUUCACUCUGCAGGUCGAUGUUCCUGUCGGACUUUCUGUGUUCAUGUUUGGACGCGCGGCGGUGGGACAUCCGGAAUGGGGGAUCCGUAGGAGGAGGACGACGGUCGCUGGUGUGCUGUUGUUAAAUAGAGCGCACCGACGCGCGCGCGCUCGCGCGCACAGAGGCCAAACGCACGAGAUGGACUUUAAGGGGACGAAAUUCGGAAGGUUCAUGAACUGCAGGGUCCCAGCCAGUAAGAGAUACCAGCCCACUGAGUAUGAACAUGCUGCAAACUGUGCCACACACGGGUUGUGGAUCCUUCCCAGUCUGGUGGGCGGGUCUGUGCUCUACUUCCUGUCUGUGGACCAAUGGCAUCGUGUGGCUGCCUGGCUCUAUGGGAGCGGCCUCACCGGCCUUUUUGUCACCUCAACACUCUUCCACACCGCUGCCUGGAAAAUCAGCCACCUCCGGAUGGUGGAGCGCCGGUUCCACAUGUGCGACAGAAUGGCCAUCUACUUUUUCAUCGCGGCCUCCUACUCUCCCUGGCUGAUGCUGAGGGAGCUGGGGCCCUGGGCGUGCCACAUGCGCUGGCUGAUAUGGGCCAUGGCUUGUGUAGGGUCGAUUUAUGUCUUCCUCUUCCACGAGAGGUACAAGCUGGUGGAGUUGUUUGGCUACGUGGCCAUGGGGGUCGUCCCCGCUCUGGUCAUCCUGUCUAUGGUGGAGCGUGCAGGUGUGUGUGAACUGGCAUUGGGAGGGGUCUUCUAUGUGGUGGGCGCGGCCUUCUUCAAGAGCGACGGCCUCGUCCCCUUCGCCCACGCAAUCUGGCAUCUUUUCGUGGCAGCGGGAGCGUGCUGUCAUUAUUACGCCAUCUGGAGGUACCUGUACUUACCUGGACCGCCGCUGCAGACGUCGAGGUGACUAGCCGCUCUCAGCUGAGCAUCAUCAUCAUCAUCACGCGGUUCCACACCACGUGACUGACUUGCGAAAAGCGAGUCGAAGUCAGGAGACUGUCUUUUGACAACAACUUAUCUGACUCAUAAGGCUCCACCUGGAGGGAUGGUGCUGACGGGUAUCAGCCCUGACAGCUGCAGGUGACAUGAUAUUCUCCACUGGGACCAAACACGCUGACACGUGGAACUAAAAAUCAUGUCAACAUGCUAAUUAUAGAGCAGACAGAAAGCAAAAAUACGCCUUUAAAAAUGUCAAACUAUUCCCUUAAUCAAACAUCUCAGUCACAGAACUUAUGAUAUACAGUCUGUGACCUCACCUGCUAACCUAGCCUGGGUUAGCUGACCCCGACCAUGAGUGAGGUGGUCAAACCUGCCACAAAGGCAUUCCUUCACAUUGGUGCUAACCCCAACUUUAUUUUUGUUUUGUCCAUUUUUGCACAGCUGUAAAGUAUGGAAAUAUAGAGUCGGUACUCCAUCCAGCACCUUCGCUUCCACUUGUUUUCAUAAACAAACACACUCAUCUUAGGUUGACUUAGUUGCAUUUGUAUGGAAUCUGCCAAAAAAA